AUGGCCAGCCCUCACCCUCCUCUACCCCUCCUCUCGGACUUGAUCUCAUCUUUGUGCUUUCUCAUCCAUGCCCACAGCCACCUUGUAGUCAACUCUUCUUGUAGUAUGGCAUGUGACAUAUCGCUGUUUCCCUUGAUGGAAUGGAAUACAUGUUUAUACACCUGCCGCAUUCAAGACAUGUUCUCUCUCUCAUCUUCCAUUCUGGUCUACCCCAUCUUGCCCAUCCUAUCUGGCCCAUCCUAUCUGGCCCUCAUCAUCAAUAAUAUCAUCUACAAGUGCUCCAGCAGCGUACUUUCCAUCCAAUUGCCAUAUAAAAGACACAAAAGCUCACACUUGCUUCACAUCUGCCACUCAUGUCGUCCUGCUAGACCUAUGCCCGAGAAAUCCGCUGUAUCUGUGCCUCCUCUCAGGACCAGCGAAGAGAAGCUCUAUCAAGCCUGCUUAGACGCUUGUAUUGCUGGACUUGAGAAUCUUCCAGUCGACAAACGACAAGCGGUUCCCCUGGCUGUAAACAAUAACUCGGACCCCACCACUUUCUCCGCCAACAACACCAACAUCACAGCCAUCGGGUCUACAAAGCCUGGACAGGGUACCGUGGAAACAGAUUCAGCAAAAGUGCCUUUGGGUGCUAAUCUCUGUGACCAGCAGCUCCACGCGACGCCCAGCUCAACAGCAGGGUGUGCCGAAGUCAUGGAUCAAUCCAAGUACGCAAACACCCAUGGAACGCCUCCCAAGGGCCCCAGAUCUAUCCAGAGCCAAGGACAUCAGGCUAAGCCUCCUUCUCUUCGUCCAACAACACCAGCUCAAGCGUCGCAGGUUUUUGGCCGACCUCCUCCUCCUUCGUGGGGCACUCAAGAUGCGCGCAGCAACCUUGCUAUUCAGCCUGCAGCAGGUGUAAGCACGACGAAGCUCAAGAAGAAGACUGUCAAGAUCGUGGGAGCUGCUGCACCCUCAAACACGGCACCCAAGCCCCUGCCUGCGCCUUCAACGUCAUCUUCGCCUGCUCCAAUGAUGAAAAAGGAACAGGAAGCAAACCACUACACGACCCCGGCGCCUGCAACUCCAACACUUAUCGCGGAGAAUUCACCGCCAAAAGUCGAGAUGCCUGGGCAGAAUAAGCUAGCGGGCAAUAGUUUGGACGAGAUGUUCACCCGUCUCAUGACUCCCAAGUCCCAGAUCAUAUCGCAGGCUACCGAAGCCGUCUUGCCGAUUAGGUCUGGCAAUGCUAUGUUUGCUUUGGAAAACCGCCUCAGCCAAGAAGAGGUUGGUAAGAAGGUUUUGGGUGAUCUCGUAGCAAAUGCUCCCAUCCGCCCUGCGCAGUCGAAGCAUGAAGAGCCUACCCAAACAGAAAUUCCACAACAGAAACAGUCAUCUGAGGUCGAGACCAAGAGUCCUCUUAGACAAUCGGACUGUCUGUCAGAAGCGGACUGGGAGAGUCGGUACAUGCAAAAAGCCUCCGAGUACAUUGAUGCACUACCUGGCAGCAAAGACACCUCAGCCCAUAUCUUCCGCUCUGUGACGAAGAAGCUUCGCAGCAUUUAUGCGACAGGAGUACAGCUACCAUCUGAAGAGAUUCGGGAUCUGAAAGCUCGUUAUAUCUUUGCUGUAGUUCAAUAUGUCAAAGGGCUAAAGAAGAGCGCACCAGAACUCACGACAACCUCAGUCAAGCAGAUUCUGGACGCCAACAAGGGUGACGUUUUGCAGCUUUGCGUAGCAUUGGUGUUGCAAGGUCACAUCGCAUCAGGCAACUUGGAAGAAAUUGUCGGCCUUUGCAAGAACGUCCUGGACAUCCUGCCUACGCCUGAAUCCGAUGUCGCUUCCCCAGCUCUCAAGGGGGCAGUACAAAUUGCUGGCCAGAUGCAUCUGUUACCUCAUUCAAAUCCGCUCUCGAAGGACCCAGGUAAUGGCAUGAGUGCAUGGCCCAGUCCAGAGAAGCGUGAGCAUCCUGCGGGCUUUCGUACCUGCAUACUCAAGGGCAUCUGGGGAGUAAACAGCGUUCAUCAGCUUCAAGCUCUUGUCUGGGGCGGAAAGAUGGAGGCCAUCUCUAUGCCCGAUGGUUCCGGCAUCGGCAUAGUUCGUUUUCUCACAGUGGAGGGCUGCCAGAAGUACUACGAGGCAACCAAGAACGGCAUCGAGAUCCACGGUAGCGACAAAGAAAAGAAGACUGUCGUUCUCGUCGAGCGCACAGAAGGUCCCAACUCUAUCAACGACGUCAUGCGUGCGUGCGCCGAAGGCGAUGCAUCACGUUGUGUUCGCGCUGUCGGUGCGGAUGAAGACUGGCCUAACACGCUGCUUGUGAAGCUUGCGCGCGGUACCGAAAAGGUGAAGCGGGAGCUGGACACCAUCAAGCAGGGCAAGACUUCUCGUGGUUUCAAUUACGUGGAGUUUCGCUUCGCCAACAUUUACCACGCCCUCAGUUUCAAACGCGAACUCUUGAACGACGAGGAGUGGGAGCAUUGCAAUAUUAGCUUUGCCACUGAUCCUUGCGAGAUUGCUCAGGGUGUCCACUACAAGGAUGCUGAGUAA